AUGUCACCUUCGUUGCUCCGCGGCCAUCCAAUGCCGUUUGUGUGCUUGUCAACUGAGACUACCGCAGCGGCGGCACCGGCUGGACCUGUUGCAACUGCGGAGGGCGUAACACGAGUGGGUGGUUCAAGAACAUGUCGCCCAACCCCAAAUGGGAAAAGAGUACCAUCACCAACGAGUGGGAGUGGAUCGAGGCCUGUGACCAUGGAUUCUGUCGGAAUUGUGCCAAAAAUCGUACGUCCUGAUCCUUCUUGA